CGAACUUAAGCGAACAACUAGUCCUUCCAAGGCGUUCGAGGACGAAGGGUGUUCCACCAUGUUCCCAGGAGGCAGAGGCACGCUACGGCAACCUUGCAGGCACUAUAGCAGGCCAUUUGACAAGCAUCCCCCUCGCCGACGCCAUGGCAUCUAACCUCUCUGACACCCCUGCCUGGACCAUCGACACACCUACGGAAUCUUUGUGGGCUGCCGAGGACGAAUUGCGCCAGCGCCGCCAGACUCUGAUCUCGGACCAUCGCAACGAUCGUCGCAACUUCAAACAGCGUUUUGACACGUACAGGAAACUCAUGGCGACGAAUCCACACAUGCGAUCGAACGCUGAAAUGCAACUCCAAAUGAUGAACCAACAAAAGGACGUCGCCAAGGAGAACUUUGAACGAGAGAUGGACAAGGUAGUAAGCCAGAUCGAAACGAUCGAGCGCCUCGUGGAUCGGCAAAUGUUACUUGGUACAGCAGUUGCUCAAACUAAUGUCAGAUCUCUCCCUCACAAUCUGCCCAGGGUCUCGAGCAUCCGUGUCAUCCCCGCCGUCUACGGAAACUGCUCAACUAAAGGCAUCCAUUGACCGCCUUUCGUUGCAAUGGGGCGAACUGCGCUCAGAAGUCAACAUCUUCAAGUGCGAGUUUUCGCGCCAGCUGGACGACCUCCGUCAAGUCGUGGCGACGUUGCGAAAGUAGGUGUGACCAAACGUUCAUGCGACAUAACACUAUGUUCCUAUCUGCGUUCCAUGCGGUACUGGGCCAACUAAUAUCGCCUUGGGACCUCGUAAGCCGGGGAGAUGGGUCCAUUGCACUCGACGACCACGGCGCGCUCAAAUGUACGCAUUGCGUUCAAAUUCAAGGAAGAGUGCAACGACUACCAUGACUCCGUGCCAAACGCCAACUUUACCAGAUCACGCUGGUUCGAUUUGUGUGGAACGCUGUGGACGAACAACCGUCAUCAGCGGUGAACCCUCAACAAUCGGUAUGAGGGGAUUCGUCAAGCGCCAUGAAUGGUUUUGCUCAAUCUUGCCAUGCAGCACUACCAAUUGCUGGCGCUGCAUA